AAAUAAAGCCGCUCAAUGCAUAGAAUCAGCUACAUGCACAAUGCGCACCCCCAUUCUCAUGCAAACAUGGCGACGCUUCGGCCAUACUUGAAUGCAGUUCGUGCCACUCUUCAAGCAGCAUUAUGUCUGGAAAAUUUCUCGUCACAGGUUGUGGAGCGUCAUAAUAAACCAGAAGUGGAAGUGAGGAGCAGUAAAGAGUUGCUACUGCAGCCUUUGAUCAUCAGCAGAAAUGAGAAGGAGAAGGUCCUUAUUGAGGGCUCAAUAAACUCUGUACGAGUCAGCAUCGCAAUCAAACAGGCAGAUGAGAUUGAAAAGAUUCUUUGCCAUAAAUUCAUGAGAUUUAUGAUGAUGCGAGCAGAGAACUUCUUCAUCCUGCGGAGAAAAGCUGUUGAGGGCUAUGAUAUCAGCUUCCUGAUCACCAACUUCCACACUGAGCAAAUGUAUAAACACAAGCUGGUUGAUUUUGUCAUCCACUUCAUGGAAGAGAUCGAUAAGGAAGUCAGUGAAAUGAAACUCUCAUUAAAUGCCAGAGCUCGCAUUGUUGCAGAGGAGUUUCUCAAAAAUUUCUGAUGCUGCUUGUGUUUGCUAUCGACUGUCAAGACCAAGGUUACGAGGAACUAUGUGAAACUGCAAUGCUGGAAAGAAGCUUUGGGGCAGGGGUGGGUGUAAUCAUCUGCUGAAAGGGGGCUCACACAAUAUCCUGACCAGCUUGCUGGAAGGAGCUUGUAUAAUAACCCAAACCAGACUGCUGGCUUUAGUAUUAACAAAUCAUUUUUCAAUUGAUACUGUAUUUACAGCAGCUUAAUACCUGCUGUCAUUAGUUCUUUCCCAAAUUGAAGGGACUGAGCUAAUACAUUUGUAUUUUGAAAAAUAAAAACUUUCAUUCAUAGUUUGUGUCAUAUUGUCUCUGACUUGGCUCCUUCUUACUACAUGUGUUUAAGUGAUAGUCCAUUUUUAUUUUAAGGGGGAUUUAAUUGAUGCAAUAAAACCUAUCACUGACCAACUAGCUCUGGACAGUAUUAGGAAAAUAACUCUACCCAGUGAAACGAUAAGCAAAAUAUUGCAGAUGCUGGGCGUCGCAAAUAAUAAAUUUUGACAACACUUUGCAAGUCAGACAGGUUUUGGUUAGUUAAAAAGUUACUACCUUUAGUAAGAAUUAGUGGAUACUCCUUCAAAAGACUGCCAGGCCAGUUAAAUUUCCUAGCUGUUUUGGUUUCUACUGAUACUUGUUCGAUAACAUUUAUAAUCCUAUUUGAAACGGUGAGUAAUUUAUCAUUUAUUUGAUCUCCACCACUGUCAAUUAGUAAGAAGGGCCACAUUCUUUGACUUUCUUUUACUUCUGUUUUUAUUCUAAUAGCUUCUGAAUGAGAUUUUUUGUCAAAAUUAAUAUUGUUACUGAAGUCAUAUAAUGGAUUUUGUCACCCAAGAGCAAAAUACUACAGAUGCUGGAAAUCUGAAAAAAAUACAAAAUGCUGUAAAUACUCAGGAGGUCGGGUUGCAUCUGAGAAGUGGAGUUAAUAUUUUGGAUUUGAUGACCGUUUAUCAAAAUGGUUUGGAUGGAAGUUUUGUUGAUCUGAAUUGUUAACUCAAUUUGAGAUCAACUUGUGAAAGAACUAAUGAGCUUUCAUCAGAAUUGUCCUUAUGAAAGGUCACCAAACUAAAAUGUAAACCUGGUUCUCUCCACAAAUGCUGCCUAAUUGGCUGAGUAUUUUCUUCAUUUUUCUGUUUUAUACAAGUUUUGUUCUACUGCAAAUGAGUAGAUUUUGCUGCUUCUAACUUUUUAUGGAUGUAGCUGACGGAAAUGCUGUACAGGCCUAAAACAUUUUGGUAAUGAAUGGUCAGGGUGCAAACUGCAGAACUGUUUGUUUUAGUUUGGUCAAUAGCGUUCUUGUAACAGAUGUUCUAGAGCAGCACACUGAGGUACGAUGCUGGCUCUCGCAUGUGCUUGGUGCGUUCUCAGUUGAAAAUAAACUCUUAAAAGUAACGAAUGGUAUAUUUAAACUUGGGUACAUAAUCUUACUGCUGUUGUUGCAAUUAAUAUGUAUUGACUUAUGCUUUUCAAUAUUAAAAACCUUUUGCAUUUCA